AUGAGUAUGAUGAAGGCGAUCAAAGUGACUGGUCAUGGAAAUGUGGAGAUUCAGGCUGUACCCUUGCCACGACUACGUGGCGACUAUGUCUUGUGCAAAGUGCGGCACGUAGCAAUCAAUCUAACGGACUGGAAACACAUAGACUUGGUCCCAGUUCCUGGAGCCACGUCCGGAUGCGACUUUUCCGGGGUAGUUGAAGAGGUGGGACCAGCUGUCAGCAAACAUUGGCAAAAGGGAGACCGUCUUGCGGCAUUCGUGCAUGGCUGUAAUGCAACUGAACUCGAGGAUGGGUGCUUUGCGGGUGAGUCCUAG